AUGUAUAAAUGCAGCAAUAACGAUUUGCGGAAUAUCAAAAGUAUCAGUUCCACCAAGAAACUGAGCCGUUGCUGCUCGUUCCAUUUUCGUUAUCUGGAAUUAUGUCGUGCCAAGAAUCUAACCCCUUUGCCCGAUAUAAAGAUGAAAAAAAAUUCUACCAACAUUUUGGAUUUCUAUGGUGACAAGUUGUGUGUUAACGAUUGGUUGUUAGUUGUGGCAUCAUUGAACAGCGAUCAAGUGCUGCAAACAUUGGCCAUACGCAUGCGCAAAGCAUUUCCAGUGGGUGAGUGGAACAAGGACUAUAUUGAAAGUUUAUAUAAAAACAAGCAAAAGCGCGAUAAAUUUGUUGGGGUCGAAAAAAAGUAUUUUGGACGUUAUAUUUUUAAAAUAGCUUGGAUGUCAUGUUAG